AUAGAAUCUUAACUUUAACUUCUUCAAGUCAUCAAAUCAAUCAAGCCUACUCAUCAUGUCAUCCGAUAUCCAAGAAAAGAUUGCUGCUGCUCGUCGAGAGGCCGAGACACUCAAAGAGAAGAUUCGAGCGAAACGAGACCAACUGGCUGAUACUACUUUACGUGCAAUGGCAGCCGAGAUGGACCCACUUCCUCGCGUUCUUAUGAAACCUCGACGAACGCUCAAGGGUCAUUUAGCCAAGAUCUAUGCCAUGCAUUGGGCACAAGAUAAACGUCACUUGGUUUCAGCAUCACAGGAUGGAAAACUAAUCGUUUGGGAUGCUUACACUACCAACAAAGUCCAUGCUAUCCCUCUUCGUUCAUCUUGGGUUAUGACAUGCGCCUAUGCUCCUUCUGGUAACUUUGUAGCUUGUGGUGGACUGGAUAACAUUUGUUCAAUCUACAGUCUUAGAUCAAAGGAAGGAACAGUCAAGGUGGCUAGAGAAUUGAGUGCUCAUACUGGUUACCUAUCGUGUUGUCGGUUCUUGAACGAUCGUCAAAUCCUUACUUCAUCUGGUGAUAUGACUUGUAUGCUUUGGGAUGUUGAUGCUGGUGUUCGAGUUAUCGAAUUCAAUGACCAUUCAGGUGAUGUGAUGAGUCUAUCUCUUGGACCCAAUCAAAACGUCUUUGUGUCUGGUGCAUGUGACGCAACUGCUAAAGUAUGGGACAUUCGGACUGGAAAAGUCGUUCAAUCCUUUGUUGGUCACGAGUCGGAUAUCAACGCUGUUUGCUUCUUUCCUAAUGGUGAUGCGUUCGCAACUGGAUCAGAUGACGCCUCGUGUCGAUUGUUUGACCUAAGAGCCGAUCGAGAACUAAAUCAAUACACACAUGACAACGUGCUUUGUGGAAUUACCUCAGUUGCCUUCUCUGCAUCUGGUCGUAUCCUCUUUGCAGGUUACGACGAUUUCAAUUGUAACGUCUGGGACACACUCAAAGGCGAGAGGGUUGGUGUCUUGGCUGGACACGAGAAUCGAGUCAGUUGCCUGGGUGUCUCAUCCGACGGAAUGGCAUUGUGCACAGGUAGUUGGGAUAGCAUGCUCAAAAUCUGGGCGUAAAACUUUUAAUCUUACAACGUGGAUCUUAACCAGGCCUUUCGCCUGUCAUCAACUUUUGGGUCUUCAAAUCGGGACCCCUCCUCCUGAUUUGGGUUAACCUGUCGUAUCAUCAACACUUCUUCCCAUGCGCUCGUCUUUUGUUUCAUCUCUUGAUAUCCAUCAGUGUUCCUUGGUUUCUUCGUGCCUUCUUUUUCCCAUUAGCUUCUUUCUCGUUUCUCACUUGUGUGCUCAUCUCUGCUUCUUUCCACUUUUUUUCCUCGGUUUUGGCUCGUAUGUGGGUAUGUGG